CGAAGAGUGGGAAAACCACAUAUAAAUAGUGGUAGUAGGGUGGUAGAAUCCGUAAGUUAUCAAGCGAAGAGUUAGAAGAGGAGAAAAAAAUGGUUCAAGAAGAAAUGAGAAGGGGUCCGUGGACAGAAGAGGAGGACUUGAAACUGGUGUAUUUUGUAAACAUGUUUGGAGAUCGUAGGUGGGACUUUAUAGCAAAGGUAUCAGGUUUGAAUAGAACAGGUAAGAGUUGCAGGUUACGGUGGGUUAAUUACCUCCACCCUGAUCUCAAACGAGGGAAGCUGACAUCCCAAGAAGAACACCUCGUCAUGGAGCUUCAUUCCAAAUGGGGAAAUAGAUGGUCAAGAAUUGCUCGGAAGCUACCAGGCCGUACUGACAACGAGAUUAAGAAUUUCUGGAGGACUUUCAUGAGGAAAAAGAAGGCUCUAGAGAAAAAACGAGCAUCACCAUCCUCCUCCUCGUCAUCAUCUUCACUGUCCUCAAUCAACCAUGCUGUGGAUUCACAUGCUUCCAAAGAGGUUGGAGAGGAGAGCUUUUACGACACAGGUGGAUAUGGAUAUGAUGAUGUAACAGGGUUGAUCAGUGCUGGAGAAGAGUUCUCUUUGGAUGAUAUAUGGAAAGAUAUUGUUUUGUCAGAAGAUGAUACUAUUCAGCAACAACCUCUGUACGAAUUGCAGAGUCAAGAGGGUUGCAACUUCUCUUCUCCACCUGCAAUGAUUUAUUCUCCAUCAUCAUCAUGGGAGUACAAUUCUUCUCACCCCUUAUGGGUGAUGGAUGAAGAAGAAAGUAGCAAGAUGUUGUUUCCUGCAUCAAGUGACCAAUACUAUUAUUCCUGCUACGAACAGGGGAAUGCAUUUCUAACUGGCUAACUAGGGAUUCCUAAUUUUUUUAAUCGUUAUCAUGUUGUAACGUUGUCUGUGCCAUCUGUCGGAAUAAGAAGAAGGCUUGAAAUGUACAGCACAGUGUCUUUGAGCUUUCGGCAUGGUCCUCCAUAGUGUGACACAGCUGUAAUCGACCCCGAUAUAACUGUAGUCUAUGUGUUUGUGAUUUUGCUUCAACCAACAUCCAAUAGGGGAGGUUGAAUGUUCUGAAUGUAAAAUAUACAUCAGCACUUUUUAAAAUGAAGUUUUAAUAUCUGGUCUGGCACCUAUCCA